CGGCGCAGGCAGGGACUAGGCGCGGGCGCCCUCCCGGCCGGCGGCGGCGGCGGCGGCAGCCGGUGCAGACCCCUCCGAGGACCCUGCGGCGGCCUGUCUCACCGCAUCCGGAACCAUGAGUGAGGCCCGAAGGGACAGUACUAGUAGUCUGCAACGCAAGAAGCCCCCAUGGCUCAAGUUAGACAUCCCAGCUGUGGUGCCCCCAGCAGCAGAAGAACCCAGCUUCCUGCAGCCCCUGCGGCGGCAGGCUUUCUUGCGGAGUGUGAGUAUGCCAGCUGAGACAGCCCGUGUCCCAUCACCCCACCAUGAGCCUCGGAGGAUGGUGCUCCAGCGUCAGACAUCCAUCACACAGACCAUCCGCAGGGGGACAGCAGACUGGUUCGGAGUGAGCAAGGACAGUGACAGCACCCAGAAGUGGCAGCGCAAGAGCAUCCGUCACUGCAGCCAGCGGUAUGGGAAGCUAAAGCCACAGGUCAUUCGGGAACUGGACCUGCCCAGCCAGGACAACGUGUCAAUGACCAGCACUGAGACGCCACCCCCGCUCUAUGUGGGGCCAUGCCAGCUGGGCAUGCAGAAGAUCAUAGACCCCCUGGCCCGCGGCCGGGCCUUCCGCAUGGCCGACGACACCGCCGAAGGCCUGAGUGUCCCCCACACUCCUGUCACACCGGGUGCCGCCUCCCUCUGCUCCUUCUCCAGCUCCCGCUCGGGUUUUAAUCGGCUCCCUCGGCGGCGCAAACGGGAAUCAGUGGCCAAGAUGAGCUUCCGGGCUGCUGCCGCACUGGUGAAGGCAAGUGUAGGGGGCCAGGGCUGGAGGUGUGGGAGCGGGGCCCACUUCCACUGCCGGGUCCUGAGGUCACCUCCUUGUCCUCAGGGUCGGUCUAUUAGGGAUGGCACGUUACGAAGGGGACAGCGCCGAAGCUUCACUCCUGCCAGCUUCCUGGAGGAAGACAUGGUGGACUUCCCCGAUGAGCUGGAUACGUCUUUCUUCGCCCGGGAAGGUGUCCUCCAUGAGGAGCUGUCCACAUACCCAGAUGAGGUGUUUGAGUCCCCGUCAGAGGCAGCACUCAAGGACUGGGACAAAGCCCCAGAGCAGGCCGACCUCACGGGUGGGGCCCUGGACCGCAGUGAGCUCGAGCGAAGCCACUUGAUGCUGCCCCUGGAGCGAGGCUGGCGGAAGCAGAAGGAAGGUAGCACGUUAGCCCCGCAGCCCAAGGUGCGGCUUCGCCAGGAGGUGGUCAGUGCGGCUGGACCCAGGAGGGGUCAGCGCAUCGCUGUGCCGGUACGCAAGCUCUUCGCCCGGGAAAAGCGGCCCUAUGGUUUGGGGAUGGUGGGAAGGCUCACCAACCGCACCUACCGGAAACGUAUUGACAGCUAUGUCAAGCGGCAGAUCGAGGACAUGGACGACCAUAGGCCCUUCUUCACCUACUGGCUUACCUUCGUGCACUCACUGGUCACCAUUCUGGCUGUGUGCAUCUAUGGUAUUGCGCCUGUGGGCUUCUCGCAGCAUGAGACAGUGGACUCGGUACUUCGGAAGCGGGGCGUCUAUGAGAAUGUCAAAUACGUUCAGCAGGAGAACUUCUGGAUCGGCCCCAGCUCGGAGGCCCUCAUUCACCUGGGUGCCAAGUUUUCACCCUGCAUGCGCCAGGACCCACAGGUGCACAGCUUCAUCCUUGCUGCCCGGGAGCGCGAAAAGCACUCAGCUUGCUGUGUACGCAAUGACCGGUCUGGCUGUGUGCAGACCUCGAAGGAGGAGUGUUCGUCCACGCUGGCGGUAUGGGUGAAGUGGCCCAUUCAUCCCAGUGCUCCAGACCUCGCAGGCAACAAGAGGCAGUUUGGGUCUGUCUGUCACCAGGACCCCAGGGUGUGUGACGAGCCUUCUUCCGAGGAUCCCCACGAGUGGCCAGAAGAUAUCACCAAGUGGCCGAUCUGCACCAAAAACAGUGCCGGGAACCACACUAACCACCCUCACAUGGACUGUGUCAUCACAGGCCGGCCCUGCUGCAUUGGCACCAAAGGCAGGUGUGAGAUCACCUCCCGGGAGUACUGUGACUUCAUGAGGGGCUACUUCCAUGAGGAGGCCACACUCUGCUCUCAGGUACACUGCAUGGAUGACGUCUGUGGCCUCCUGCCUUUCCUCAACCCCGAGGUGCCUGACCAGUUCUACCGCCUGUGGCUGUCCCUCUUCCUGCACGCCGGGAUCCUGCACUGUUUGGUGUCCGUCUGCUUCCAGAUGACCGUCCUGCGGGACCUGGAAAAGCUGGCAGGCUGGCACCGCAUAGCCAUCAUUUACCUGCUGAGUGGGGUCACGGGCAACCUGGCCAGUGCCAUCUUCCUGCCAUACCGAGCAGAGGUGGGUCCAGCCGGCUCGCAGUUUGGCAUCUUGGCCUGCCUCUUUGUGGAGCUGUUCCAGAGCUGGCAGAUCCUGGCCCGACCCUGGCGUGCCUUCUUCAAGCUCUUGGCUGUGGUGCUCUUCCUCUUUGCCUUCGGGCUGCUGCCCUGGAUCGACAACUUCGCCCACAUCUCAGGCUUCAUCAGUGGCCUCUUCCUGUCCUUUGCCUUCUUGCCUUACAUCAGCUUUGGCAAGUUUGACCUGUACCGCAAACGGUGCCAGAUCAUCGUCUUCCAGGCGGUCUUCCUGGGCCUGCUGGCCGGCCUGGUGGUACUCUUCUAUUUCUACCCAGUCCGCUGUGAAUGGUGUGAGUUUCUCACCUGCAUCCCUUUCACCGACAAGUUCUGUGAGAAGUACGAGCUGGAUGCUCAGCUCCACUGAAGCAGCCGUGGGCACCCAGCCUCCCAGGGCUGAACAGAUGGUGCUCCCUGAACACUGACCUCUUGUGCCUUGCUCGUCCCUGUUGAACCCCUAUACUGCUGGACAUUUAUUACAUGAGUUCGCACGAUAACCUUCUAACUAGUCCCCCCGACGACCACUUCAUGUGGCCAAUAAAUGGACUGGGAGCGUUUUAGCUGCCACUAACUUAA